UAUCUUUUGAGUUUUGUUGAUGUCUAUUUUUAACCUUUAGUUUUGGAUCCAAAAUUUCACUUUGGAUAGGUGAUUCGAGCAUGAAAGGUUUGAAUUAUCAUUAUCACUUAGGUUGACAUGUUUAAGGAGAAGCUGCCAAGGGUAGAAUCAUGGACAGCACCCAAAAGGGAGCCCUUAUGAGCAAUGAAGGUCUUAAAGAUUUACCACUCAUGGAACUGCAGCAAUACAAGAAUAACCAAAGAAAGUUAAGCUCUGCCCGAGAAGAGACCCGUGAUCAAUCUCGCUGCCUUAUCUGCACACGAGACAACAGUUGUCAAACAGUUUAUUCAAGAACCAAACUGAUGCAUACUUUGAUUGGAAGAGGGAAGCCACAGGAAGCUCAGUCCAUCUUCAAUAGUUUAACAGAACAAGGACAUAGGCCAACUCUUAUAACAUACACAGCUCUUGUGGCUGCCCUCACCCGCCAGAAGCGUUUCAAAUCCAUUAAUUCGCUUCUUUCUAAAGUUGUAGAGAAUGGAAUGAAGCCUGAUUCAAUACUUCUCAAUGCUAUGAUCAAUGCCUUUUCCGAUUCUGGCAAGGUUGAUGAAGCCAUGAAAAUCUUUCAAAAGAUGAAGGAGUAUGGAUGUAAACCUACAACUAGCACUUAUAAUACCCUCAUUAAAGGAUUUGGAGUUGCCGGAAGGCCUUCCGAAUCUAUGAAAUUGCUAGAGAUGAUGGGCCAGGAUGAAAAUGUAAAAGCUAACGAGAGAACUUAUAAUAUUCUCAUCCAAGCCUGGUGCACCAAGAAGAAUCUUGAAGAGGCAUGGAAUGUUAUGUACAAGAUGGUAGCGUCGGGCCUGCAGCCUGAUGUUGUCACCUUCAACACGUUCGCAAGGGCUUAUGCUCAGAAUGGUGAGACAGAAAAGGCAGAAAGAUUGAUAUUGAAAAUGAAGUACAAUAGAGUGAGGCCUAAUGAACGAACUUGUGGUAUCAUAAUAAGCGGUUAUUGUAAAGAAGGCAAUAUGACAGAGGCCUUAAGGUUUCUUCACAGAAUGAAGGAGCUUGGAGUUCAACCGAAUCUCGUCAUUUUCAACUCUCUAAUCAAAGGAUAUUUAGACAUUACAGACACAAAUGGGGUAGAUGAGGCACUAACAUUGAUGGAAGAAUUUGGGAUAAAACCAGAUGUGGUGACAUUUAGUACCAUCAUGAAUGGAUGGAGCACAGCAGGUCUUAUGAAAAAUUGCGAGGAGAUAUUCGAAGACAUGGUGAAGGCUGGGAUAGAGCCUGAUAUUCAUGCAUACAGCAUCCUUGCAAAAGGUUAUGUGCGCGCCGGACAGCCACAAAAAGCCGAGGCUCUUCUGGCCUCCAUGAGAAAAUAUGGUGUCCAUCCAAACGUUGUGAUCUUCACUACCAUCAUCAGUGGAUGGUGUGCUGCAGGAAGAAUGGACCGUGCUGUUAAACUCUAUGACAGAAUGCAUGAAGCCGGAACUCCGGCAAACUUGAAAACUUAUGAGACUUUAAUAUGGGGAUAUGGAGAAGCAAAACAACCUUGGAAAGCAGAAGAGUUACUUGUUACCAUGGAAAGCAGGGGUGUUGCCCCAGAAACCACCACUAUGCAACUGGUUGCUGAUGCCUGGCGCGCCAUUGGUUUUUCCAAGGAAGCCAAGAGAAUUCUAAAUGCUUCAGAAGAGAAUCUUGAAGUCAACAAGAUACCAUUUCAAAGCUUGGAUAGGAUUUAUAAUAAAGAGCAACUGAGUGAUUCCCAGUCUAAUCCACUGCAGAAUGGCAACAUAAGAAGCAAAAUGAUAGUCAAUGGUUCUGUGAUUUCCCAGAAGGCUACCACUUGCAUUGUUUUGGUUCGAACAAGUUCAUAUCGGCUUCAGCCACUUAUUAUUAGUAAGCAUGAAACUCAAAACAACAUUUAUAGGCCCCUCCUUGAUUGUUGCAAGGCAGUGCCAAUACAUUGUUAAGCCUGCUGAUUAGUUCUGUCCAAGUAAUUGUAAAUAGAUGAAGACUCAGGUGCAGAUAAAUUUAUGUGAAGUUGAUAGCUGUGAGAGCCGUUAGAUGACAAUUUAGUCAAAUCUAUCAAUUCAUCUAGUAACUUUCAUCUAUCAACUUCACAUGAAAUUAACUGCACUUGAAUUUCCACCUUGUAAAUAUCAUCCGUGGAGUACGGAAAAAGAAAGUCACACUUGCAGUUUUUACAAAAUGCUGGUGUAAGAUAUUCAUGUUCAGUUGCCAAAGAUGCAUGAUGACUGAAAUCAUUCGUUUACAUUGCUUGUGUU